AUGCCCACGGGCGCGCAAGCAAGUCCCGUCGAUCGACUCCCUCUCCCGAUUUUCAACCUUCAGCCGCGCUGGAGCUUCACGCUGCCCAAGUCCGCCAACUAUUGCCCGUUCCAAACUAAAACCCUAGCCGCCAAUUCACCCGCCGCCGGCCAUCUCACUCGCCCCCCACCGGAGUCUCACACCUUCCGCCGGUUGGGAAGAUAUUAUCGGCUAGAAUAUCCAGAAACUCGUAUUAUUAUGGAGAAAGAAGCGCCAUUGAUUAUAAAGCGCCUUAAGUUUACAAGAGGGAACCAAUGCAUGGACUCAAUUGAUAGGCUGAGCAGCCUGCCGGAUUCCAUCCUCCACCAUAUUCUCUCCUUUCUCCCAACCAGUAGAUCUGUACAGACCAGCAUCUUAUCAAGAAGAUGGAGGCAUUUGUGGGCCCACGUCCCUGAUAUAGAUUUCGACGGCUAUACUUUUGAUCUAGAAUUAGAUGAGGGAAAGAGAUUUCCGGACAUCAUCUACAGAGUGAUGCUUCAAUACAAAGUGCAGAACAUGAAUAAUUUCCGCCUCAUUUACAACGAAAAUUGUGGCGGGGAGUAUCAGCUGGAGACGUGCAUUACAACUGCCAUUGUACGCAACGUAAAGCAUCUUUAUCUCAGUAUCCAUAAUAUAGUCAGGCUACCCCUUUGCAUCUUCACCUACGACUCCCUUGUGGAUUUAAUGCUCUUUCAAUGCGGCCCAAUCCCCAUGUUGGGCUUCGUGCGUCUGCCUGCUCUUAAGAAGCUUCAUAUUCUUGAUGUUAGUUAUCAGUCUGGAUGCCUCACUAGCUUUCUGUCCGGUUGCCCGGUGGUUGAGGAGUUGAACUUGGUGUCAGAAAACGUGCCUCCGUGUAUUUAUCGUCGCAUAUCUUCACCCACACUGAUUAGGCUUUACGUUAAUACAACUUUCUGGGAUUUAUCUCGUAGACAGAUGCAUAUGCUGAUGAUAGAUGCUCCGGCACUCAGAUUCCUCCGAAUAUUUGAUAGUUUAUCCAAAGAUGUCUCAUCCGAGUUACUGCCAUCCUUAACUGAAGCGGAUGUCCAUUUGCACCCUCAACGGGUUAUAACUUCUUUGCAAUUUGUGCUACCAUUUUUGGGCAGUCUCUGUCAUGUGACGCACUUGCAAUUGGCGACUGAUUUGAUUGAGCUUUCUGAGAAUGUAUUCUCUGCUCUGACGGUCAAGUUUCCUAAUUUAUCCGAAGUCACACUGAAAACUAAUUGGCGCUUUAUCCCGCUUUUUCUUGAAAAUGCUGAUAAUCUCAAAAAACUUACAGUCCGUACGUUGGAUAAUUGUUCGAAAUGGUGGAUAGAGCCACAUGCAGUGCCUUCAUGUUUGCUGUCAAGUCUGAGAUCUAUCAGAUUACUAUGUUUUAUGCGUACAGAGCAAGAGUUACAGAUGGUUGGUUAUGUUUUGAGGAAUGCUAAAGUCCUGGAGAGGGUGGCAUUGUGUACAUGUCCUGACUUUAUGCUUAAAAUCCCUGUUUGUAUAGAGGACAAAUUCGAGGCUCUCCAGAAGAUUGCAUCGUAUGAGCGGGGAUCUGACAAAUGCCGGGUUGACUUCAUUUGA